AUGGUCUUGUUACCUAUAAAGACAAGAGUGAGGGGUCCAGCGCCUCAGGGUAGGUGUUUGAGGUUAGAGAGUGAAUUUCCCCGGCUCUUUGCCAAUUCUGUUACUCUUCUCUUUCCUGUUUCUCUUCCAAUUUCCCUCAUUUCCCCAAUCACUUGUAAUACAGCUCCACAAGCUCAAGAGGAUAUAAUCGACGAAGCUCUCGAUCUUUUUCGAGCCAACUGCCUAUUUCGUAAUUUUGAGAUCAAAGGCAAUGCGGAUCGCGUGUUGAUUUAUUUAAUACUCUUUAUCUCGGAUUGUCUGAACAGAUUGACUAAGAAUACAAGUCAAAAAGAUGCCGUAAAGGUGUUGAAUACAAGAGCGUUGGAUAAUUUUGCGUUGCCGGGUGAACCGCAGUUUCCUUUGAACGCAUUAUAUGCUGCUCCAGCAACUAGAGGAGAUAGCGGUAAGGAGGAUUGGGGAGUGGGGGACGGGAAUAGGAAGCGGAAGUGGGUUGGUGAUGAGGAUCAUUCGGGAAGUGUCAAUGAGGAUUAG